UCAUUCUCUGUUUGAAGUUCAGGUCGAUAGCUGUAGGCUCAGGUCCUAGACAAAUUACAUAAUUUUAAGUGAAUUUUCUUGGCUUCGCUGCGCUUUUUAAAUUAUUUGUGCAAGGAAAUUUUAAGACUCGUGGACGACCCGGGAUCAUCUGAUUGCAAUGGAGACGUCAGUUUGCCCGGCGCCGCCGCCGGAGAAGAAGGAGAAGCCGGUGGAGGAGCUGAUGGACUGGGAAACCUUCUACAAGCACCGCGGGAUGGUCAGCACGCGACUGGCGAGCAAGAAGGCGGACUACAUGCACUGCUCCACCUACGAGGAGAAGGACAAGAGCAGGGGCAAGGACAAGGACAAGGAGAAAGAGAGGAAGGAGAAGGAGCAGAGGGAGAAGAACAAGAAGAACUGCGCCGCCUGCUGCUGCUCCUCCUGCGUGGUGCGCGACCGCGACGAGGUCUACCAGCCCAGGUGCCCGGGUCCUGGCCAGAAGGGCAAGCCCAACAGGGACUACAUGCGCUGCUUCGCCGCCAAGCUGAUCGUCCAGAAGCUGGACAUGCCGGGCCGGGACUUCGAGUGCCGGGACAAGCUGCAGGUGCGGGCCGACGUGUGCCGCGGGUGCAAGAUCUGCCUGAACGCGAACAGCAUCAACGUCAACUGCCUGCCGGCGAACCCCAACAAGACCUUCCAAAUGGAGCCCGAGUGCCUGCAGCGGCAGCUCACCGAGGGCAUCUCCAUCUCGGUGGUCUACAUGCGCAAGGAGAUCGCUCGCGGCUGCUACUUCCCCCCAGCGGCGGUGAUCAGCCGCAUGAUCAACGAGUUCUACGAGAUCGUGCACGACGCCAACGUGGAGCUGACCUGCAAGGGCUGCACCGUCGGCAUGGUGAACAUCCGCUUCGCGAUGCUGAUGCGCUGCCAGACCAUCAAAGAAGUUGCGGGCGGACGAUUGGCGGGCGGCCAGGAGCGGGGCUGCUGCGCGGCGGCGGCGGCGGGGAGGAAGAGCUGCGUGGACGGGAACGUGGACCCGCAGGACGCCUCCUACAUGUCCUCCUCCUCGAUCGAUCCCUGUGCGGGUUUCAUGCCCAGUGACAUGGAAGUGCCUCAGGAGAGCCCCUCCUGCUGCAGCGAUGAUAAGUGCCCCGUUUUCGAAUGCAAGGAGCCCCCUCCGCGACUGGUGGACAUGGCGGGACCCUUUCCCGUCUACUCCUGUCCCAACGUGGACGACUGCUGCGUGACCAUUGAGCCGCCGGCGGGACCUUCCACCCAGUUCUCCCCCUUCCACAAAAACGUCCUCGGGGAGGGAAACACCAACCGGGUGUGCCAGAAGCACUCCUCCCCCAAGCUGCGCCAGAUGCACAUCAGCCACGCCCGGUCCUGCGUCCUGUGCGGCGAGGACGUCUCCUGGCUGCCCAAGGUGGCCGCCUGUCCCUGCUGCGGCUACAAGCCGGUGCCGGAGUUCAAGGAGCGGCCCUACGACGAGGCGGCCACCGCCGAGCAGAUCCUGCUGGACCACCUGGAGAACCCCGUGGAGGAGCUCAGCUUCGACAUGGGAUCCGUGGAGGGAUGUCCGGGUGAGGGGGGAGCAGGGAGACCUGGUCGCACCUCCGAGGCCUUCGAGGCCAUCGUGCGGGACUACCAGGUCCUGCGGCGCAGCAUACGCGAGUCCUCCAUGACGAAGGCCUGCCAGUCGGUGACCAAGAAGCCGGCCAACUUGCCCGCUCAGGAGGAGGAUCCGAAGCCCCAGGAUCUGGUCAAGGUCUUCGCCGAGCUGCGGGACCUCUUCAAGGUGAAGACCCCCGACGAGGAGCAGCGCAUCCAGGACAUCUGCACGGAGGCCUGCAACCUGGCCAAGGCGCAGAAGAAGGCGAAGAGUCGCCAGAGCUCCCCAGAAAGGAAGAAGGCGGGAGCAGCGAGUGAAGAUCAGGAUCCCUGCGCCGUUCCGAAGCGCAAGAAGCGGCGUCCGCGGACCAAGCGGCCCUUCAAGUCCAGGUACUACUCCAUGUACCGCCCGCGGGAGAGGCCCAGGAUCACACCGGAGUGGGCGGAGAAGGACAAGAAGGUGCCCAGCAACAUGGGCUGGCUGUGGACGGCCCACCCGCUGGCCUCCAAGCCGGGAUGGCGACCCGGGGCCAUCCGGCGCUCCAUUCGCGGCAUGAUGCGCUACUUCCUGAAGGACUUCCCCGUGGACAGCGUGCCCGUGUCCAAGUACAUGUCCUACUACAACCACAAGAAGUCCGCGAAGUCUCCGCCGGGCGAGAGGCCCGAGGACCUGGUCCAGGUGCCCACGCUGCACAUCGAGAAGAAGAACGACGUGUUCACCAUCACGCUGCGUCCGCUGAAGGAUCCCAAGAGCCUCGCCCGCUCCGCCAAUCCGUACGCGAGCAUGAAGCCCGUGCAGUUCAGGAUCGUGAAGAACCCGCUGCUGAAGGAGAUCCGCGACCUGAAGCGCUGCCUCAAGGGGAUGGGCUUCAGCAAGUGCUCCUGCCACAAGCCGCUGAUGACCUGCUACUGCCGCAGCUUCGUGGACAAGAAGCGGCUGCUCUACCACGUGCGCCGCGAGUGCGAGCGGCGGCACAUCGAGUCCUGCGAGGACGACCUCGUCCUCACCGACACCUCCGACAGCGAGGCGGAGUUCGACUUCGGGGUCACCCCGCCGGCGGGCCUGAUGCACCCGGAGCGGCUGAAGACCUCGCACAUCAAGCACACGGAGACGCAGUACGACGAGGCCGACUGGACGAUGCCCAGCCUGUACCCACACAUGCCCGAUGCCACCGUUCAGUACGAGAGCUGUGUGAUGGGCGAGCGGAAGGAGCCGUUCAAGUGGAUCUACGGCAAGGGCGUCAUCCAGGAGGAGCCCAAGCCGCCCAAGAUGCGCAACAUCCCCAAGAAGCCGAAGAGGAAGAAGCCGGUGCCGGGUCGCGUGGCUGCAGGAUUCGCGGGCCAGGAGCACCUGGACUCCAGCAUCUACAGCAGGGUGAACCACUCCGUUCCACCGCAGUUUCGAGUGACCCACGUGGCCCCCCGCAGUCCCCCCAACUACUCCACCGACUCGGAACUCCCGCUGAGCGGCGACCACAUGCGGCUCCUCGAUCAGGCGGCCUAUCCCCCGACUGCUCCCCAGCGGAGGAGGGAACCCUGGGCCGUGGAGUUGGGCAAGGAGCAGCAGAGGCAGAGGGUCAGGCGGAGGACGAAGAAGCUGGUGCGGUUCGAUCCCACCAUCGGUCCCCACACCUCCGACAGCCACAUCCCCUAGAUUCGCACAGCCGGGUCGCUUCAGUUCCACACCCACACCCACACAAAUUUCCCCCCAUCCACACUCGAUUUUAGCUACCCACCAAUGUUCCGAUGAUAGUCACCCGCGUAAAAUUGUAAGUUUUAAUAAACACCUAAAUUAAAAGCA